AUGCUCGGUUCAAGUUGGAACAUGUUAUUGGGAAGGAAGCACGACCGCAGUGGUUUUUGUGGAUCCAGGGAAAUAAUUAAACCGUGUGAGGCAUCGGAUGUACCCUGCCACGUUUCUUACACUUUGAAAAAAGAAGAGGUUCUCAAUUCGGUUAUGGCGGAUCAAGGUUUUCUCAAGCCAAAGAGAGGGUUUGCCACUACCGCUGUCCAUAGUGGCAAAGAUCCUGAAAAAUGGUCAGGAGCCGUUGUGCCUCCAAUUGUAACAUCUACUGUUUAUAAAAGAACAGUACACAAUCAUACCGGUUAUGUUUACGGCAGGUCUGCAAACCCGACAAGAAGCGCUUUGGAAGAUUGUCUUGCAAAACUAGACGGUGGAACUGAUGCUAUAACGUUUGCCUCGGGUCUUGCAGCUACCACCACUAUUGCCUCUCUAGUUAGCAAAGGUGAUCAUAUAAUUUCCAGUGACGAUCUAUAUGGGGGCACAAGUCGACUUUUCAGAGACAUCAUAGGAAGACUAGGCGUUGAAGUUUCAUUUGCCGACUGCACUAGUUCUGAAAAUUUAGCCAAGGCCAUUCAAAAAAAUACGAAGAUGGUCUGGAUCGAAACGCCAACAAAUCCCAUACUGAGAGUCCUUGAUAUUGCUGACAUAAGCAAAGUGAUCAAAAGCUUUGGUGAUAUUUUGUUGGUCGUUGAUAAUACCUUCCUAACACCAUACUUACAAAGACCUCUUGAUUUCGGAGCUGAUAUUGCUAUGUACUCUAUGUCAAAAUAUAUGAAUGGACAUUCCGAUAUUGUGAUGGGAGCAGCGGUUGUUAAAGAUGAAGAAUUAGGCAAGAAGCUUCACUUUUUGCAAAAAGCUAUGGGAGCCGUACCGUCGCCCAUUGAUUGUUAUUUGGUCAGCAGAAGUUUGAAAACGUUGCCAUUGCGAAUGGAACAACAUAAGAAAUCGUCCAUGGUCAUUGCGCAGUGGUUACAAAAACAUCCCAAGGUUACAGAAGUUUUACACCCAGGAUUACCUAAUCAUCCACAACAUGAAAUUUGUAAACGACAAACCUCUGGCCACUCGGGUGUGUUCAGUUUCAAACAUUGCGGUGGAAUAAAGGAAUCUGAAGCGAUUCUGCAUGCAUUUAAAGUUUUCACGUUGGCUGAAAGCUUAGGUGGCUUUGAAAGUUUAGCUCAACUACCGGCGCUAAUGACGCACGCAUCGGUGCCUGAAGAACAAAGGCUUAAACUUGGUAUCUCGGACGAGCUUAUCAGAAUAUCGAUCGGUUUAGAAGACAUUGACGAUCUUCUAGAAGAUUUAGAACAAGCAUUUAAUGUGGCAUUUCCUUAA